UUUUCUCCCGCACUUAAGACGCAUCGCACAGACGUCAAUUUAAAUAAAAUACGAAUUAUUCAAAUGUAUCAUUAAUAUUAAAACCGCAGAUUUUUUAAUACCGAGUUUGUGAGGUAAUUUUGUGCCGGUCAAUUAAUCCGAAAAGAAACACUUCCUUACGGAGCUGAAUCGGAUUGUCGUUUCCUGUGAUUUUGAUGUGUUUUUGAUAUUCCAACACAACGUCGACAUGUCUCUAAAACUGGCCUUUUGUUUGGUUCUUUUGAGCUACGUUGCUGCUCAGCAUCAUAAAAGUGGGCAGUGUCCGAGGCUGGAAGUGGAUUUUUUGAAGUGCAGUUUAGCUUGUUACUCGGAUUCGGAUUGCGAAGGUUCCGCCAAGUGCUGCAGGACUUCUUGCGGUGGUACUGCUUGUGCAAAACCUUUAGUACCAAAGGUGGUGGCAAAUGGAAAAAGCGGGUAUUGCCCAAAUCCUCCUACUGGUCCUUGGGUUUGCACCAGUCGUUGUAGUAUAGAUAAAGACUGUCACGGAUCAAAGAAAUGCUGCAAGAAUAGAUGUGGAGCCAUGGCAUGCGUUAAACCAGAAACAGAGCCGCAACAAUUUGAUUACUGAUUUUAUUAGUAUUAUUACUAUAUUAAACAUAAUUUAAAUGUACAUUUAUUCAUAUUAUUCAUGUUAUUUAAUAACUUAAAAAUAAUCAUGUAUUAUUAAUAUAUUAAUAUGCUGCGUAAAAUAUUUUAAAAUAUAUUUAUUCAUAUUAUAUCAAAUAUAUUAACGCUUGUUAAAAGU